CAGAGGACCUUGCACUUGUUUAAACUGUGCUUCCUUUCGCCUCCAUGCAGAGAGGGCAUUCGAGUUCUCCAAAAAUCAGAUGCAGGAUGCUGAAGAAGUGGUCCUAGAUUUGAUAAAGGAACUAUCUCACCUACGGAAUAUGCUUGAGAAAGCUGCAUUUGGUUUUAAUGAUAAUCAUUUUAUUUGCAUCAAUCAGGUGAAAAAGGCUUGCAGGGAAGCAUCUGAAGCAGAAGAACUAGCAAAAAGCCGGCUUAGCCAAAUGAAUUAUGAUGUCAAUGUUCACAGCAGAAUAACAUGUGAGCAGAGACCGAGGGUGAGGUUUUCGAAUAAUGUUGAAGAAAGAAUAAUUUCACAGGUGAAUUCAGACAGAGUUAAAAAUUAUGAGAGCACAGCAGCGGAUGAAGUUGUAUGAAUAUUUGGCCUUGAAGACUCAUCAGGAUAAAACCAGCAUACACAAGUCAUGAAUGUUUGUGGGUUUUUUUUUUUUUUUUUUCAAUGUAAAUGCACAUAGCUCAAAUAUUACUGAUGCUGCAUGCGGCUUAAGUUGGUACUCCUGUUUUAUCCACUGAAACAAAAGCAAGCAGUUUGUUUGCGUAACAGAUCUAUCUUUCUGGGGAAAGAAAUAUUUUUGAUGAUCCAUUGCAGCUGCAA